AUGACAGGGUGGCAGCAGGAGGAAUGCCGGGGGCAUCCUCACCCUAGCCACUGCCACCUCACCACCCCCUCCUCUUUGAAAAUGGCAGAUCCAGGUCCAAAAUAUGGGGUGAUCAAAGGCCAGACCCUAUUUCCAGGUCCAGGGACCCUGGACCUGUGGCUCCAGGCGAACGAGCUGGUGGGAAGCAUGAAAACAAAUCCGCAACUGGACUUUGAAAACGACUGGAAACUCAUCACAGUGUUCCUGAGUCCACAGGACGUGUGUCACCCUUGUUCUUCAAACCAACAGGUGGAUCCCGUUGCAGGAAACGUGGAAGAAAUUCAAAGGGUCCUGGACUUUUUGCACAAAGAGGUCCCCAGAGCCUUUGUGAACCUUGUGACCAACCCAGAGUCUGGGGACUUGUCCCUCCCUCAUCAGGAAACUGGAGUCAGCACUCCACCACGGGAGCCGUGUGCCUGCUCCAAGAAGCCCUCCACACUGGAAAGAGCCGUGAUGAGAUGGUCCCACCAGAACUACUGGGAAAAACUAUUGGCCUCAGGCAGGUACGAUACGGAAGAUUCCUUCACAGUCGUUCUCCAGCCUAUCUUUCAUGACAGAGACUCGUCCUUAUCCUCGGGGUCAACGCUCAAAUGGACAGACGACUCAGCGCUCGCGACUCUUGCUUUGGAUCUCUGGAACAUCAUGAUGGAACCAGUAGGACAGAAGGAGGAGCCAAUCCAUGGCCAAGGAAGUCACUCAGCCAAAUGUCCCACCCAGAAUUCCCUGCGCUACUCUACUUCUCUAUUCAUGGAUAACGGCUGGGUUUUCAUGAGGGCCUAG